UGCUUAAGGGCGGACUUUGCAGUUUGGUUGGCACUGCCCUUGGCGUGUGGCGAUUGAUCUAUAGCCAUCACUCUAAACAAGUAAUCAGCUCACGACUAUGGGGAACACAAGCCGUGGCGGGAGCUGCUUGUUGGUAGCCUCGGUGCUCGCUCUUGGUCUCGGCCCUCGUUCAGGGUCGGCAUGUACAACCAUCGUCGUCGGGAGGAACGCUAGUGCUGAUGGAUCGACCAUGUCCACGCACAACGCAGAUUGCCUGGACUGCGACUUCCGACUUGGACGGGUGCCCGCUAGAGACUGGCCUGCGGGCUCCCAGAGGCCAGUCGUCAAGUUCCGCGCGGAGUUCCCGCGUACAGUAAGCGAGGAUCGUGGCUACACAUGGACCCCCGAAAACCUCGACCCUGAGCUACCGCAGCGCGACACAUGGAUAGACAGCAAAUGGAGAGAGGACAUGGUGCUGGGAUACAUUCCUCAGGUCAACCACACGUUUGCGUACCUUGAAGGUCUCUACGCGAUCAUCAACGAGAAGCAGGUCGCGAUUGGAGAGUCUACGUGCGGCGCGAAGUGGUUUGCAGGUCCCUUGAGUGACGACUGCGAUGAGUGCAAUUCCUUGUUCGACAUCUCGGAGCUCAGCCGCGUCGCUCUUGAACGCGCGUCAACCGCCCGGGAAGCCAUACAGAUCAUGGGAGACCUUGCCGUGGAGUACGGCUUCUACGGAAGCGAGUGGGACUCAAGCGACCCCAUCACCUACGAGGAGGCGGGUGAGGCUCUGACCGUCACUGACCCUGACGAGGCCUGGGUGUUCCACAUUCUGUCCGACUAUACUACUAAGAGUGCCAUCUGGGCGGCGCAAAGGGUACCGGCUGAUCACGUCUCCGUCGUGGCCAACCAGUUCAUCAUCAAGGAGGUGUACCCGGACCCUCACCCCGACUUCAUGUUCUCGGACAACUUGUUUGAGGUGGCGGAGAAAGGAGGUUGCGGGUACAAGAGGGGCUCGGGGUUCCCCCUGCACUUCGCAAAAGCGUUCGGCACUAGGCCGGAUGACUUCCCCCACUUCGCGUAUAGCACGCGCCGCGUCUGGCGUGUCUUGGACACCUUCGCUCCUAGCUUGGGCCUCUCUCCCUUCACGGACACGUUCGGCCAGGGGCACCCGUUCUCGGCAAGGCCGGACAAUCCCAUCACCACCCAAGACGUGUGGAGGAUAGUGCGCGACCACUACGAAGGCACGGAGUUCGACUUGAGAGUUGGUCUUGCUUCAGGACCAUUCGGUGAUGUGGAUCGGUACGAUUGUGGGCCUUCGCUAGAUGGUAGUACCAACCUGGAAAACUCUAAGAAAGGCUUCUUCGAGAGGUCGAUCUCGCUUUUCAGGACUUCAUACAGCACUGUGACCCAGUCGAGGUCCUUCCUACCUGACGAGGUCGGAGGUCUGCUCUGGGUCUCGCAGUACAAGCCUAGCAUGUCAACCUGCAUCCCUAUCUACGUCGGUGCCGAGGAGGUUCCCAGGUCCUACACGAUCGGUUCUCUCCUGCGGUUCAGCAAGGAAGCCUCGUACUGGGCCUUCAGCGUCGUGGGCAACUGGGCGGAGCGCUUCCGAAUGUUCGCCCACGAAGACGUGGCGGUCCAGCAGUCCAAGCUCGAGGAGCCUCUUUUCGCAGGACAGGCGGACCUGGAGUACGCGGCGGCUGAACUCGUGAGCCAAGGAGACCUCAAGGGCGCUCGAAGCAUGCUCGCACAGCACUCGAAUGAGUCGGCCAUCUCGGCCGUGUCGAGCUACCACACCCUCUUCGAGACUCUCGUGGCUAGGUACCACGACGGCUACCAGAUGGAGGAUCCCACGGCCGAGAGAGUGAAGAUGAACAAGAUGUUCUACCCGCAGUCCUGGCUUGAGGCAGUCGGGUUUUUCGACAGCUUGGAGAUCGACGAGAACGAAACCAAGGCGGCGGAAGGCUCCUCCUCCUCCUCCUCCUCCUCCUCUGACGGUGGGAACGAGAACGUUUCCAACCAAAAGCACGAGGAAACCUCUUCGCCGUACCACUCCGUAAAAGUAUCGCCGCCGUCGUCGGCCACCGCAGGCUCCACCCAGGCUGCGGACCGAACGAAGUCCACCGCCGUACCGACAACCUUGGUCUCUUGGCAGGACAAGAUUGGACUCGGUGUGGGAGCCUUGUUUUUCACCGUCGUCGGGAUUGUCGUCGGGCGCUGGUCUGCCACAAGAGCGGGCUACUUAGCAUUGUCUGAUCCGGCCUAGUUAGAUAGUAUUUCAAAGGCCUCUGUUUUGUUUUUGCGCCUCUGAUGUUGAGGAGGUAUUGUUUUUCCGCCAUUGACGUACGGUGCGUUUUGUUGGUGUGGGGCUGGGUGGUAGGGGGGCGAAAUCGCCUCGAGACGUAUUUCCUGCUUUGUUGGCUAUUUUGUUGGUGCUUUUCCCAACGGUUGUGACGUGUCCUACCCCCCUCUAGCAAUACAUGCGAGAGAGGGGCAAGAGGGGGGAAGAGGGCUCUAGUUUCGGGGCUUUGCAUAGACGAUGUUGCAGUCCGGCAUGUUUGUGUCGGUCUCUUUUACUUUGGGUUCGGCUGCAAGCGCGUUGGCUUGGUUUGUGCGAAUUCAUGUCUGCUCCGAAGUCAUGAAAGGGUUGAACCACUGGCCUUCAUCCCUCUAGGGGUCCCAACAGUUCUCAUCGUAGCUUUCCUGGUAACACGUGUGUGUCAAACGGCAUCAGGCUCAGGGCAACUACUCAACGAGAGCAACAAUGACCGUUCCGGGUUUCGCUACCGUGUACUGCGACAGCUCCAGCGUUGCAGGGGGGUACCACUUGGAAAAUUACAGUACAGUUCCCACGGACCACUCUUUAACGCUCGGUUCCGCAGCCGAUCCAAUCAACUCCCGCAUAAAUCAACCCAACUCCUAAGGUUUCAUUCAUUUCCAAGUGCCUGUAGUGGCGUGACUGUUAAGCC